CUCAAGUGGUGAUGGAUACUGACAACACCAUCAGCGAAAGUGAACAGGAGAUGCCUUAUGAAGUCAACCGACGUCACAAAAAGGUCCAAAACGCUCACUACCAUCGCGACGCUUCGAGCAGCCGAAGCGGACAGUCCUUUCGAGUCGAAGCUUCAAAGUCUUCAAACCCCAGGAGCCGCUCCAUGAUCUGCAGCACUCCAGUGUCAGCACAAGCACGACCCGUCUUAACCUUCGACCAGAGCACCCAAGUAGACUUCGACUCGAAAGACCGAAAAGAAAUGGUGGAAGAGAUUGAGGAUAUCGUGAGAGGUCUCUACGCCCGCUACUUAGAAAUAGUGAAUAGAUGUCAUCGUGAGAAUAUCCCGUUACCAGAGGCUAUUUCUGACCCUUUCGAACAGAAUGGUGUGGCUGAACGUCAGAACGGGUCAAGGUCACCUAUGGAGCAAGCAGUGGAGGAGGAUUUAACGAUGAACGGCCAUGUUAAUGGCGAAGGAGUUUCGAAUCCUAAAACUCUGGAAGUUCGUCGAGUUUCUGCGCACACUACCAAUACUGGCGAACCGAGCUAUAAUGGCAUCGAUUACGAUAUGGUACCGAUUGGAGCUGGUAACGCUGUUGUGCCUAGGAGACUGUUGAACGAUAUAGACUGGAUAUCCUACAGCGCUGCCACUAGGCAACUUCUCCAAGCAAUUUUUCCUCGCAGGGUACUUGCUACUCAUUCACUGACUGGCAAGCAAUCGCCAGCCUUCAUGAACAUCCCGCCCAAGAAGCGGCUCGACCCUAAAAUCGUGAAUGAUAUCGUGGAUACCGUCGCUGAACGCUGCGGCGUUUCUAAACGGCUGGUCAGAGGCAGCAUUACAAUAAAGUGCACUGACGAGGCGAAGCUCUACCGUAAUCGGCUGCACUACCGACAGUCCCGCCAGCUCCCGAACCAAGAAAACGUCCCACCCGGGCCGUCCUCAGACGAAUCUUCUACCGUCACCGAAUAAUUUCGCUGACAUGGCGCUGCCUAGUUUAUAAUGAGUAUGAGUAUGACUAAUGCAGGGGUUUCCAAUGUGCGCCGCAGACACUCAAAAUGCGCCGUGAGGCAAUCUUCACCGUUUUACAAUAACCGGGCACCAUUAAUCAAAUAGUUAAAUUCGAUAAUCGCUAAUCCGUUACUAAAAAAGUUAACUUCGUUAAUCGUUAAAACGAUACAUUUUGACAGAUUUAACGGGAGUUAAAGUUAAUCGAUAAUCCGUUAACACGAAAUAAAAAUUGAAUUUUACUUGCAUCAAUAAUCCAUGAUAAUAAAAUUAUUGUAUUAUAUUACUGUAAAAGCCCGAAGUCGGUACAGCAAAACCUCUCAAAAUAUCCCUGAUGCCAAUCGGUUAAAGCUCGAAAUGUUACCAAAUAUCGUUUUAAGUGAAUGAAUGUGGUCAUAAAUUGUCCUCCAAUUAGCGGCCCUGACACUAAUAAGUACCUACAGUCGCCAUGGUAAAACCUAGGAGCCACUGUAUCAACGUUGCUAAUAGCGAAGCGAAGAUCACAAUACUAGUUUAUGCAUAUUUCGUACUUUUAACGAUCGGCAACGGUGAAACCUAGGAUUUACCGGUAAAUCGAUCAAUUUGCAGUAGGUAUUUCGGGUGUUUUCAUUCAGUAGCUUUCAGAACAUGUUUUUCGCUGCGCAACUGGCGCCUGCCGGAUAAAUUUAACGGAAGUUAACGAAUCCGUUAACAUUUUUUUAAAUUAACUUAAAAGUUAAUCCGUUUAUCGAAAUGUUAAUUAACGGAUUAAUAUUAAUAAGUUAAUGCCUAGCUAUGCAUUUUACCUACAUAAUUUGAAUAAACUAGCUACAGUACGCUGUAGUAACAAUUUUAAGUUGCAAAUGCGUCGCAGACAGGAAAAGAUUGGGAACCCCUGGUAUAAUGUACAAUGAAAUUAACUUGGAAAUAACGCCAUACAAUGAAUAAAUAAAUAUUAAAUGA